UUAUCUAUGUGCUUUGAUAUUGGAAAUUAAGUAACAGUUUUUAUGACACUAAAACAAAUUUAAGUUUAGCGUGUAUUAAAUAUAUAUAUAUAUGACGGCGGGAAAAAAAUUUAACCGGAACAUGAAAGUUGAAAACACAUUGCAAGAGAAGCUUAUCAAAAAAAAACUAAGUUUGUUUCGUCAUUCAAAACAUGGUUUUGGUUUUUGCAUAAGAGGAGGAAAAGAACAUGGUACAGGAAUAUAUAUAUCUGGAGUUAACAUUUAUUCAAAAGCUUAUCGUGAAGGCUUGACUGUUGGAGAUAUUAUUGUUAAAGCAAACAGAAAAUUAUUUCACGGUCUGUCCCACUCUGAAGCUGUUCAAUUUAUUAGAGCCCAAAAGCAGCUUCAAUUAGUUGUGGUUUCUCGUGGCAUCCUUCCCGAGCAAAAACUAAAAUAUACUGAAUACCAAUGGAUUGACUGUUAUGGCGAACUAUGUUCACCACUUAGAUCAUCUUUAAUAGAAGCAAGAAAAGAUAAUUUAAGGAAGGUGAAUGUCGUUGUUACCGGUAAUAAUAAACUAGGAUUACUUAUAAGAGGAGGGUCAGAAUUUGGUCUUGGUAUUUUUGUUGCAGGGAUUGAUGAGAACUCAAUUGCUGAUAAAUGCGGUAUUAUGGUAGGAGAACAAAUUAUUGAAUCAAAUGGAGUAAGCUUUCUUAAUAUUACUCAAAAAGAUGCAUCAUUUCUUAUACAAAAUAGUAAAAUAAUCACUUUUCUGCUGAAAGAUGUAUCAAAAAUACCUGUAUCAAAAAUAGUACACAACCAUUUGCAAUGGAUUGAUAAAAGAGAAAAAAGAUCUUUGUUAAGGACUGAGAGUCUUAAAAAUGUUCAGAGCACUGUUUUUAAACCUGGAAUAGUUGGUACUCAAAUUCAACAUCAGGCUGUAAUUGGGCCAACUUCUUAUAGUUUCUUAGAAAAAAAAGCAAACCAUAGCUUAAGCCAAGAUGAAUGGCUUACUUUAAAGUAUUACAUUAGAGAAUAUAUUCAUGGAGAUAUAACCGUUAAUGGUUUUGCAUUAUCAUUGAUGGAUCUUCUUGAUACAGAAGCAAAAAUGUCACUUUUAAAUGAUGUUCGCGGUAUUGUAAAAGCACACGAUUUGGAUACUUUUGACACAAUUAUUUUAGGACAAGAAGUUGAAGCAAUUCAAAUAGAAAAUCAGUAUUCACUGCAAACAUCAAGUAAUGAAAUCUUAUCUACAGAAAAUAAUGAAAAAGAUAAAUAUAAAGAGAUGAAUUAUGGCAUAGACUCUUAUGAAAGUCGGUAUAUUGACAAUGAAGAUGAGGAGUAUGAUAAUCAGGAACAGCUAGAAAGAAGUUUGUCUUUUGAAAGAUAUGAUGAAGGUGAUCAAGUGGAAGAAAUCAAGAGUUUAUGCGAUGAGAAAUUAAAUGAUGAAAAACAUUCUCCAGUUUUUUUUCAAUCCAAUGAAAAACAUUCUCCAAUUUUUUUUCAAUUCAAUAAAAAACAACACGAUCCAGAAAGUAAUAGUUUAGACAGCACAAAUAAAUUCAAAGAAAGUGACCAGCAUAGUUUACUAGAGCAUUUUAAAAAUAACAGUAACGAUCAAGACACAAAUAAUGAUAAUUACGAAAAAAAUGGUAUAUUUGAAGGAUACUAUACUAUCAGUAAAAAAAAAUAUUAA